GCAUAAUCGUGUACAGAACAGAGAGCAACAGAAAGUGAACGUACUAGAAGAAGAAGCCUUGCGCAGGCUAAACCUACAGGAUAAUGAGUAAAACCGUUUUGUAAUAGACUUCGCUUUUUGUACUUGAACCGCGUAAUUCAGUUUUUAAAUAUACCUCUGUUGUGUCCGUACGCCGUGUUCUUACUUGGGUGAUAUCUGCCGGUCCUGACUGUUGUGUUGUGUUUCAGAUCGCUCCUCCUUGCAAGGAAACACUAAUAAUCUGAGAUGAAAUAUAAAAAGAGGAAAUUGAAACUAUUAUCUUGGGAAGAAAAGCUUGACAGACAAAUCCAGUUUGUGAAUGUCGACAAUACAGAUGGAAAUUAUCUCUCUGCUGAUGAACCAACCGAUGUGAUCAUUAUGAAAACAGUCACCCCGCUUUCAUCGAAGGGUGUUGGUGGUCUACGCAGGUUAUGUAUGUCGAAAUAUUUCGAGGCUGAAUCUGUGAUAGAUUUAGACCGAUUGUGUGUUUCUGGCGAAGAUCUGCUAUAUCACAGUAGUAUACCUCAACACCGUGAAGCCGUCAAGUAAAUAUUCUGUCUUCUGGUUUUAGAUUGGUGUAUGAACACUUUCCCAACAUGAUACAGUAACUUUGUAAUUGAUCUGUUUAUAUUAUUUUAUGGAUUUAAUAUUUCCUAAAUCAGGAUACUUCAUUUCUACAAGAGACAUUCUUC